AUGACGUACGUACUUACACCCUAUGUACUUAUUUUCCCUUCCCCUGCCGUGUCUCGUUUUUACGAUAACCCGCACAGUGGAGAUAGUGUUAGGUUUAUAUCCAAUGCCGCUGACAAAGACAGGGAUCAUAAGAAUGAAGGUAUUUUGAUUGGUGUGAGAAAGCCAGAAUCAAUAAUAGGGAGGGGAAAGGGAACAGGAAGUACCUUGCGUCAAAGGAUGGACUGUGCGGGUGUCAAUGCUGCAUUGGAUAUGUCGGGAGCCGGACUCGGGGUAAGACGAAGUCAGUACUACACUCAGGGUCGGGAGCAUUCCGGGAAAUGCGAAGGAUGCAGGUCAUUGGACACAUAUGCAGAAAUCGAGUCAGUGCACAUCGGGCAUGACCAGUCGCAUGAAUUCCAAGGAAAAAGGACGGGUGUGAUCAGACCACACCUAAAAGCAAAUCCCGCAGGUGCCUGCGGCGAUGGGAGCAUGGCGGACAAGGCGGUUCUGCCCAAUGUUGGAUGUUGGAGAGCGGGUUUCACGAUUGUUUCAAGGGAGAUAUUCGAUAACAAGAGUAUUAUUACUGCCCGCCCCCAGCAUUUCUAUAUUGCAAUGGAUCGGGAUUGCUCUUUCCAGCAUGGUCGCGCCCGUAGUCAUGACCUAAACUGCGCCGGUAACACAGAUGCGGGUAGUCACAUUCAACAGCCAGUUGAGCGCCCAAGAUUGAUUGUUGUGGAACGUGAUCGCGGUGUGGUUGGCUCAGCUUUGCUUGCCUUCUUCCACAGAUCGCGGUUCCACGUAUGGCGUACUAAGCUAAUAUACCGAGGUCGCCUCCGUGGUGGAAGCCCGUCUCUAGGCAACCUCGGAAAUGGCAGCCGUGUUCAGAUGAGAAAGAUACCCGUCAAGAAGCCAGAUCGCCCACGUCUAAACCCUCAGUCGGUGAAUGAGGUCGUGAUUUCCUUGAAUCUUGCUGACUGGGGGCUGAAUCCUUGGGUCCGGUUCAAUAGUCGCAUGGAUUUCAAGUGUAGACUGCAGAGGGUCGGGGAGGCCUCACUAGGGGCGGGGUUUUGGCAACAUGGUAAUCUCCAAUUGAUGAUACGGGAAGAAACAAGACGAUGUAACUCUGGGUGUUUGGUUACCUUACUCCGUACCGAACUGCGAGUUCCGAUCGGGCGCAAGUGGGGAGAACCGCCACCAGCACCACGGUUCCUCCACAGCACAUAUUUUUGGACUUCAGCGCGCACCUUCCCUCAGGCAGCCAGCACGAUGGUCGGUCAUAUUGAUGAUCAUCAUUCAGAAGAUUCCCCGCUCUGUGGUCACUGGCGCAUAAGUGGAUGGAAAAACCAGAGGACGUGCUGCUCCGUUGUCCGUGUGGUGCGCUCUCCGUUACCUCCGUUUCUCCGGAACGAAAAUGGACCAGGUUUUUUAAUAAGCCCAAGGCGACUCAAUGCUCUCUCAAUAGCGAUUGUGACCGAGUGGACUAACGCCCAAGCGAGUAUAGUACAGUCCCAAGGAACGCUGGAAGGGGAAGGGAGCGACCCGCCCAGACAAACUAACCUUUCGGUUCUCUACUGGAGAAAGGGGAAUAACAACACUGACCUACAAGCUCAGGAGAAGCAUGCCAACCGGACUUUCCGCUUGCUCUUAGCCUACAGCGCUUCGAUGGGACUCGAUUUACUUCCUCGUCAUGACAGCAAACGUUCGAGGAUCGACAGUCCAGUGCCGAAAUUAAGGCCAAUCGUUGCUGGAUUGUGCAAAAGCACCAGCCUAUCGGGAUGCCAUUGCCGGGGGCGUAGUCCACUCAACCGCCGUUCAUUAUCCACAGCUGACAGGCAGCCCUCAAUAAUCGGCAGUGGACAUCGGAGCCUGCAGAAUCCAAAGCCUCAGUGUGGCUGGUCUGGACUGAUAGUGAUGGCGAUGGUAAUGAUGAAAGAAAUCUCCGAUAAUGGGCAGCAGAUUGAUGCAAAAGAUAUGUCCAAGUUCCGUGUAGGGCAUUAG